AUGUCUCAGCUGACAGCUGAAGAUGAGGUGGAGUUGCAGUCCCUGCUCAAGCAGCUACUGAGAAACAUCAACGACAGGAUCUCUGGCGCACCAUCAACUGAAUGUGCUGAAGAGAUCCUUCUUCACCUGGAGGAGACUGACAAGGAUUUUCACAAUUAUGAGUUUGUCAAGUACCUCCGUCAGUAUGUGGAAAGCUCUCUGGGGACUGUGGUGGAGGAGGAAACCAAGAUCCUGACCAGAGGAGAUGGACAACACUCAGUUGGCUCAGGUCAUGAUACCCUGAUCCAUGCUGUCACCCGAAGGACCAGAGACUCAGCUGAGUACCAGCAGAUGAUGCAGACCUUGAAAAACACCAUGAUCAUGGUUGUGGAGUCUUUAAUCAACAAAUUUGAGGAGGACCAGAUGAGGAAGGAGGAGAUGCACAGAGAGAAGCAGCACAGUCAGUCAAACAGCCAGUACACAGACAACUGCUCCGACAGCGACUCGAGCUUUAAUCAGAGUUACGCAUUCAUCAGACAAGAACAGCUACAAGUCUUGGCUGAAAAACUUGACUCCAGCAGACCCAAAGAGGUGCGUUGGGAGGCUCUGCAGGUCCUCUGCUGUGCCCCUCCGUCUGACGUGCUGAGCUGUGAGAGCUGGAGCAGCCUGCGCAGGAAGCUCUGUGCAGCUCUGACCGAGCCCGACCCAGACAUCAGUGAUAAUGUGCUGCUGUUCUUUGCUAAAAGCUUCUCCUCCUCUCCUAUGAAUGUGACACGAGAGAUCUACACCAGCUUGGCUAAAAGUGUGGAGUCAAGUUUUCUGUCUCACAAGCUGAGCUUCCCAACGGGUUCAGCUACCAUCGACAUUAACAGACCUGAGAUCAUUCGUCUGCUCAAACAGAUUCGAUUGAUGAAUGACUUUCAAAAGGAGGUGACAACAUUUUGGAUCCGUCACCCAGAGAAGUAUAUGGAGGAAGUUAUAGAGAGCACCUUCUCCCUAUUGUCCUUCCAUCAUGAACAUGGCUCAACCUCUCCUGGCAUAGAGAAAGCCCUGGAACCAAUUCACUUACUGGCCUUACUGGAUAUUAAAGCUACCUGGUUUAAAAAGUGGAUGCAUGGCUACUACAGUCGGACUGUGGUUCUUAGACUCCUGGAGAGAAAAUACAAGUCUCUGAUUGUUGCAGCUCUUCAGCAGUGUAUCCAUUACAGUGAAUCCUGUGAACGCUUCACGAGUGAGACCACUGAUCUCCAGUCAGUGCACAGACUAGAUAAAGUUAGGAUUGGGUUCAUCCAAAGGAGUGUUUAUUCAGGAAAGGAGCUUGAAUAUUGCGUCUUUGUCCACUCCCUGUGUGUCCUGGGGAAACUCCUCAUCUACACCAAUGGAAGAAAACUCUUUCCCAUCAAAGUGAGGAAGCGCAAAGAGCCAGUAAGUCUGAUGGACCUGGUUGUCAUCCUGAUUUACAUCAUGUACCAACACCCCAAUCCUCCACACAGUGAUGCGUCACACACAGACUCCUUGUCACCCAGCAGUCUUGUGAUGGAGGUGCUGUGGAUGCUGUGUGAGAGGACAGAGUGUGCUGCAGAAUGCCUUUACCAGACUGCUGUCAUAGAGACGCUACUGACUCCUGUUAUAGCGCUGCUCAAUGGACAGCAGGCCAAAUUAAAGUCUCCCGCAGCAACACUGACUCUCAUUGCUGACGUUCUGGCUCGCAUCGCAAACACUGACAGAGGAUUAGCUCUCUUCUUAUAUGAGAAGAAUCUCCUUGUGGCCCACAGUGAGAGAACCUCUGCUGGUCUCAUAGUUGUACAGUUUACCCUGAGGCUGCUGGAUAAGGAGCUGUCAUCACUAAGUGAAUCUGACACGUCCCGUACAUUAUGUGGAGCUUUUAUCUUUGUCUGUAGACAGAUAUACAACACCUGUGAGGGUUUACAGGUCCUCCAACCCUAUGGUCUGCACAAGGCUAUAGCUGCUGCAUGGAAAAAGACUAGUUCCUUGUCAGAGAGAGUACCUACUCCGGUACCCGGGGCCACUGCUGGAGCAUCCACCCAGGAACUGCAGAACAUGCUCAUCUGGGAGGAAACGUUGUUGGACAGCCUGCUGAACUUUGCAGCAACUCCUAAAGGCCUGCUGCUGCUCCAGCAGACAGGGGCCAUUAAUGAAUGUGUCUCCUAUAUGUUCUCUCGCUUUACUAAAAAACUACAGGUGAGCCGCUGUGAGAAGUUUGGAUACGGGGUGAUGGUGACACAGGUGGCAGCAACUGCUCCGGGGGUGGUGGCUUUGCACUGUUCAGGUUUUGUCCGGGCGCUGGUAAUUGAGCUGUGGUCAACUCUGGAGUGUGGAAGUGAAGAUGUGAGGGUGGUCCGUCCCAAACCAACACCCAUGGACCCCAUCGACAGGAGCUGCCUCAAGUCCUUCCUGUCCUUGGUCAACCUGCUCUCCUCUUCCCAAUCAGUAUGGGAGCUGCUGGGCCGACAGCCUUUAGCCAACAAGAGUGAAUACACCCUAAGAGAAAUGCCAUCCUCCAUACCUGAUUUGAUUGACAGGCUGAUUGCUGUGAAUUCAGAUGCAAAGAUUCACUCCCUGUUCCACUAUGAGCAGUCUCACACAUUCGGCCUGAGACUGCUCAGUGUGCUCUGCUGUAAUCUGGACUCAUUUCUGCUGUUGGAGAGCCAGUACAACAUCUGCUCCAUGCUGCUGCAGAGUCAGAGGGAGAACGCCACUGAGCCAGUCACCAGUGAGGGGGAGUUCAUCAUAGACAGUCUAUCUGUGGAGAGGAAUCAUGUGCUGGUCCGUGCUAGUGUGGUGGGAGGUCCGUCUGAGAGAAGGCUUCCUCCUCGAGCCCUGCAAGAGGGUGAAGAUCCUUACCCCUGGCCCAUGUUUUCAAGCUACCCUCUACCUCACUGCUACACCUUGGACCCACCGAAGAUCCACCAUAACUCACAGGAUUCUGAGAUCAAUGCAUUUCUGGCAUCAUCUAAAGAAACAAAGGGUGAGGAGAGCUGGAUGGUGAUCUGCCGUAGGCUGUACUGCAAAGUCAUGACCUCCAAACCCAGCAUCCUAACUGGAAAGGUGCUGGCCGACCUUCUGGAGAAGGUUGUGGCCCAUCUAUCCCGCUCCUCCACAGAGUGCUUCUUCUCUCCAGCUCAGUACAAAGCAGAAGAGAAGAGUGUGAAGAGUACUGUAUUAUCACCCGUGGAACAGCUGGGAAUCAACAUCUGUCUCAGGUACGGCAGCUACCUCAAGCUACUCAAAGACAACGCUGUGCAAGACUUGACGCUGCUAAUGAAGCACAUAAAGAUCUUCUUGUCCUCACAGAGAGUUCAAACUUCUUCAGAGCUCAUCACUCAGCAGGAUGGUUAUCCGGGCCAUGACUGGCUGGCCUCCACAGUUUUCCUCAUCAUGUCUGGAGACAUGGACCGAUCUCUACGUUUGUUACUCAGCCUCUCCUCUCUGCUUGCCUCUGCAUUCAUCUGGCCUGCAGGGAUACAUGCAUCCGUCCAUGUUCUUGUGGCAGCAGCUGAAUCAGGGAUCCAGCCUGUCUACUGGUGUACAGCUCACUAUGUGGAAAUGCUGCUGAAAGCUGAGGUCCCACUGGUCCACUCUGCUUUCAGGAUGUCUGGAUUCACCCCAUCACAGAUGUGCCUCCACUGGGUGACUCAGUGUUUCUGGAACUAUCUGGAUUGGACAGAAAUCUGCCACUACGUCUCCACCUGUGUGGUGAUGGGUCCUGACUACCAGGUUUACAUGUGUGUGGCCAUAUUCAAACACCUGCAGCCAGACAUCCUGCAGCGGACACAGUCCCAGGAGCUGCAGGUCUUCCUCAAGGAGGAGCCAAUCCAGGGCUUCAAGGUCAGCAACUACCUGGAGUUCAUGGAGGGACUGGAGAGACGCUACAGAGACAUUGUUCUCACUGAUAUGAAAACCGUCCGAAACCCUGUAGAGUAGGAACGUGUUGAAUAUGUGUCGGAGCUACGCUAGGCAUAAAAAAAAGUAUUUUUAUGUGUUGGAUAGAUAAACUCUAAACAAAUUCAUAAAGACGCCACAAAAAUCUUGACAGCACAGAACUCCAUAACUCGUGUUUGCUCUGUGGAAUUAAAGGAUAAGUCUGGUGAUAUUCUAUAUUUUCUUAUUGACAAUAAAUCCCAUGAAAUAACCAAAACCAACAUUAAACUGACAAGUACAGACAAACGCUGUCAGGAGGAUCAAUUCCAGUAUCAAAAGUAUCUGCCAAAGUUUCAUUCCCUCUUUGUGUUUCCCUGUUGAGCUGCAGUCGAACAACAGCAACAAAAACAAGGAAUUUUGUACUGAAAACACUUGAAAUCCACUUGACUCAACUUUGGAAUACAUUUUUGCAAAUUAGCACAUUAUUGUAGUAACCUUUCCUUUAAGCCAGGGUUGCACUGACUGACAUUUUCCUUCAUUAGCAAGAACAUCAUUGCUGUCGUUUUUAUUGUUGUGUCAGUGCCAACUACACCGUCAUGUUGCUGUAACUACUCGUCUAUAUACUAAGUGUAUAUUAAUCCACAGCUGAGAAGAGUCUGAAGGCAGAUGCUAAAAACUACACUGAACAGCUCUUUUAAAAAAGUGUUGAGCCUGUUGGUUUUUUUUUUUCUUUUGUUUUGUUUUGUUUUAAUGAAACCUCAUACCUGUUUUUAAAGAUUCACAUCCUUGAUAGGAUCAAAUGGGCUCGGAGCUGCAGGAAAGUAUUGAGACCCUCAAACACAUUGUUGGUUUUGGUCUUUUUGUAGCAUUUGCUGACUAUUACAAAAAUACAGAAAAGCCCCUGUCCAUCAUUAAAUGUUCCAGGUGGAAGAUUACAAGACGUCCUGCUCCAACACAAAACAUUACCAAACUAAUUUAAUAAUUUAACAUCAUUUUUCUUCUUGUGUUACCUGUAAGAACAUUAUAUUACUGUACAUGAUGUAAAUACUGUGUGUGAUUAUGAACAGCUGCUGUUUAAAAGACCAAGAGAUUGUUGUAAAUUAGUAUUUUUUAUCCUGCAAUGUAAAUAUCUACAUUUAUAAGGUCUUUUGUAUGUG